CCCGAGAAGGGGACUCAGGCCUGACCUCCUCGGGAAUUCAGCCUGAGAUUGAGGGAGGAGGCGGGCUGCCUUCUCCAACUUUAGAGCCUCGGUUUUCGGUGGUUUGGCUGCGAUCAACCCACCCAGGUCGGACGCCAGGCCGGCGCGGCUCCCGGGCAAACAUCCAGGCCGGGCGGAGGCCGAACUGCAGGCGGGUCCUUGACUCGAGGCUUGAGCAUGAAGAGUUGUUUUCAGGCCUUUCUGGAGCCCCCCAGGUAACCACAGAACCAGGUUAUUGGCUACGUAAGUCGCUUCUAGCUUCUCACUACCGUGCAGCUAUGAUGGAUAUCCUUUCCUUACACAUAAUUCUUAGAAGUGGGAAUUGCAGAACCAAAGGCUCUAAACGCUGUUGAAACUUUUGAUCCGUAAAUGCCAAAAUUUACCAUCCAGAAAAAUUGUAUGAAAUCGCCCAUCCCAACACCCUCACCCUCCCUGGCUCUGGCCGCAGCUGUCCACACCGAUGCCUCGCGUGUGCCUGAGUUUGGCUGUUUUCUUAGUGGGCGCUAGGGAUCCUGUUCAGUGCGUUUAGGGGUUUUUGUGGUGGAGGCGGCGGCUGCUUUUUAAGUUUAUUUUCUUCCUUGGACCCGGGCCCUGCCCUGCCCCCGCUGACAUGAUGGCCCAGUCCAAGGCCAACGGCUCGCACUACGCGCUGACCGCCAUCGGCCUGGGGAUGCUGGUCCUGGGGGUCAUCAUGGCCAUGUGGAACCUGGUGCCCGGGUUCAGCUCCGGCGAGAAGCCCACAGCCCAGGGCAACAAGACGGAGAUAGGCAGCGGCAUUCUCAAGAGCAAGACGUUCUCCGUGGCCUACGUGCUGGUGGGGGCCGGGGUGAUGCUGCUGCUGCUCUCCAUCUGCCUGAGCAUCCGGGACAAGCGGAAGCAGCGGCAGGGCGAGGAGAUGGCGCACAUCCAGCACCUGCCGGGGCCCGAGCCGCACGCCCCGGAGGAGGACAGCCAGGAGGAGGAGGAGGAGGCCUCCUCAAGGUACUACGUCCCCAGUUACGAGGAAGUGAUGAACACCAACUUCUCAGAAGCGAGGGAACCAGAUCACAGCCCGAGGAUGAGCAUCUCUCUCCCCUCCUAUGAGUCCCUGACGGGGCUGGACGAGACCAGCCCCACGACCCCCAGGGCCGACGUGGAGGGCAGCCUGGGGCACCCACCCGACAGGCAGAACUCCAAGUUGGCUAAACGCCUGAAGCCUCUGAAAGUUCGAAGGAUUAAAUCCGAGAAGCUUCACCUCAAAGACUUUAGGAUCAACCUGCCGGACAAAAACGUCCCUCCUCCCUCCAUCGAGCCUCUGACUCCCCCGCCGCAGUACGACGAGGUCCAGGAGAAGGCCCCCAACGCCCGGCCCCCCGACUGACGGCCCCUCUCUGGGGUGUUCCCUCCGGUCACUCACCCUCCGCACCAACAGACCCCAAUGAAGCCACUCCAGCCACAGUUGAGAAGCGAGGGGACAGGUGCGGACUGAGCAGUUUCGAAUGGGGGGUGUGGGUUGGGGAGUCCUGUGGGUCUGGGGUGACGCACGUCCACAGAACCUUCCGUAGCUGGCGCACUGGACGGAGAUGCUGUCUCGGAUCCCGUGAUGCUGCGGACCCCAUGGGGGGAGGGGCGGUGCAUCUUCCCCAUCGUCUUUCCUCAACUGAAUCGGUGAUGACAACAGCCUCUUUCCGACCAGGAAAGGAUGCCUAGUGACUGGUGUGUUUUUGUUUUGCUUUUCACUGAGACUGUUUUGUUUCCAAAAGAAAACAAGUUAAGCCUUUGCUUUCUUCACCCGAGUCCCGAACCGCAUGUAGCAAAUACGACUCAGCUCUGUGGCAAGGGCGUGGGGCCGUUUUGUGAAUUAAGCAGAACAAAGGGCUGGAUGACAUGUGGGGGUGAGGCCCAGGUGGGGUUCUCAGAGCCCGGACGCCGUUGGUUCUUGGAGGGCCCGAGGCCUGAAGAUGCUGAAGACCAUCGUCUUAACCGGUACACUUGACUAGUCCCUCCCGUGCAACGGCAGGAAAGCUGGAGGGGAUGUUCCGUUCCUUCUAAGAUGCCGUGCAGCUGAGCUUUUUAUAAUAAAAUAUUUUAUUUGUAGUA